UGGCUAUUCGCGCUCCUGCAGGUCCCGCAGCCCCGACAGUGAGUCGGAGUCCGGAGGAGCCAUGGCCCGCGGGCCCUGUGUCUCCCGGGCGUCCUGGGGCACCCUCGGGCCGGCCGGCCGGCUGGGGGCCCUGCUGGGCGCCCUGUGCCUGCUGCCUGUCCUGGCGCUGCUGGCCCGGAUCGGGCCCCCCGCCGCCUGGCCCUCCGCGACCGCAGCGCAGGGAGAGGCCACGCCCCGCCCCGCGGGGGUCCCCACUAUCCCAGGGCCCGGCCCGCUGCCCCACCAGGCACCCCGCAGGCGCCGGUACACGCUGACCCCGGCCAGGCUGCGCUGGGACCACUUCAACCUCACGUACAGGAUCUUAUCCUUCCCGCGGAACCUGCUGAGCCCCAGGGAGACCCGGCAGGGCCUGGCCGCCGCCUUCCGCAUGUGGAGUGAGGUGUCCCCGUUCAGCUUCCGCGAGGUGGCCGCCGAGCAGCCCAGCGACCUCCGAAUAGGCUUCUACGCGGCCAACCACACAGACUGCCUGGUGUCCGCGCUACACCACUGCUUCGACGGCCCCACGGGCGAGCUGGCCCACGCCUUCUUCCCCCCGCACGGCGGCAUCCACUUUGACGACAGCGAGUACUGGGUCCUGGGCCCCACGCGCUACAGCUGGAAGAAAGGAGUGUGGCUCACCGACCUGGUGCACGUGGCGGCCCACGAGAUCGGCCACGCGCUGGGCCUGAUGCACUCGCAGCACGGCCGCGCGCUCAUGCACCUCAACGCCACGCUGCGCGGCUGGAAGGCGCUGUCGCAGGACGAGCUGUGGGGGCUGCACCGGCUCUACGGCUGCCUGGACCGGCUGUUCGUGUGCUCGUCCUGGGCGCGGAGGGGCUUUUGCGACGCCCGCCGCCGGCUCAUGAAGAGGCUGUGCCCGAGCAGCUGCGACUUCUGCUACGAGUUCCCCUUUCCCACGGUGGCCGCCACCGCGCCGCCCCCCAGGACCAAAACCCGCCUGGUGCCCGAGGGCAGGAACGUGACCUUCCGCUGCGGCCAGAAGAUCCUGCACAAGAAAGGCAAAGUGCAUUGGUACAAGGACCAGGAGCCGCUCGAGUUCUCCUACCCCGGCUACCUGGCUCUGGGCGAGGCGCACCUGAGCAUCAUCGCCAACGCCAUCAACGAGGGCACCUACACGUGCGUGGUGCGCCGGCGGCAGCGCGUGCUCAGCACCUACUCCUGGCGAGUGCGCGUGCGCAGCUGAGCGCGCGGCGGGCCGCCCAUAAAGCGCUUUCUCUCU